AGGAUAAGUUGUUGUGAGGACUGAGGAAGUUAACGUGGAGGUGAUUUGAGCAUAUGGCUUCGGGUCUCUCAAACCCUGUAUUAUCACAACAGGGCUGGAAGAGAAGCACCCCUUAUAGCUUAUUCGGUUGGAACAUUGGCAAGAACAAGCCUGACGACAAACCUCAGACUAAGUAUCAUGACAUCGAUCUCACUUUCCCAACAUCUCUUCUCAAUAAAACUUUCUUGAAGGGUAAGGAUCUCAAAUGCUGCUAUAGGGCCACAAUCGAUGGGUUCAGCGCGACAAAAUUUCACGAAUCUUGCGACUUCAAGGGGCCAUGCGUGAUUAUAGGCUACACAAACAAGUCUUUCAAGUUUGGGGCUUUUAACCCUGAAGGCUACAGAAGUACUGAUGAUUACUAUGAUACUUUUGAUGCUUUCUUGUUCUAUUGGCCUGACAUUCAAACCCAACCCAUUGUUCUGCCCAAGGUAGGUGGCAGCGGCGCGGCUCUGUUCGAUUAUGCUCGUGGGGGCCCACAGUUCGGGGCCGAUGGGCUUCUCAUUGGGCCCCCCUUGGCCCCAGUUAUGGGGGGCUUUGCAGGACCUGACACGAACUCUGGUAUUGGUGACCUCAGGCAAGCCAAGUCUAGGCUGGGAUUGUCUUAUGCUAAGAGGGAAGACGGCAAAAAAUCUCUUUUUGGGGACGAGUCCAAGGCUACCCUUGAAGAAGUUGAAGUUUUUUGCAGCCCUCAAAUUGCUAGCUUGUACUAGAACAUCAUAAUGGUGGCUUUCCAGUACCCAGUUUUGGUAGCUCUAUUUGUUCGCGAUCCAUUUGGGUACUUUCGAUCUCGUGGACAGAAGAAAAACCACUCCAUAUCUCUCUUUGGGAGGAAUGAUUUGUCUGCAUCAUAUAUACAGUGCAAGUAAGCACAAUAAAUAUCUUUUCCUAUUACCAUAUAUUUGUGUAAUGCAAUGCUAUUGCUAUUUUUUUUUUUACCUGGCAACUCCCAUGGAUCAAAUUUGUACAAUUCAAUGACUGGGAUAACCUCAAGUUCUAUUUCAAGCC